AUGCAUCCAUUAGAAAUAUGGCUCAGUCUUUGUAUGAGCAGGGUGAUGUUUGCCAUUCACCUGUCCUCCCUGUUGGACUUUUCAUCCAUUGUAGCCCACGUGGCCAGUAUUUCUGUCUUCCUGUAGAGGUAGGGUGUGGAUGUGUGUGUCUUGCCCAGUUCCUUCCUACUUGGCUCUUCUGAUAAUUCUUAAUCUCCACAUUAGUCUGCAUCUAGUUUGAAGUAUUUGUGGAUGAACGUGCUGCCAUUUCAGAUACUUUAUUAUUGUCAAAGUCCCAAGUCACAAGGGUCCUCAGAAAUUUGGUCCAUGACCAUUCUUCCUCAUGAAGUUCAUUUCCAUUUCGGAAUCAGUAUAUGAAUAGAAGCAGACAUAUGGCCCGUUUUUUAACCUUAUGCAUCAGGUCAUUUCCACAAAAUUCAACUAGGCUCCCAAUUCUUGUAGUUUCUCCCAGUGAAGGUAAAAUGAGCGGAUCAAAGACUCAGCGGAAUUCUUUGCAGAAUGAGCCUCUGAGUGAAGAGAAAAUACUAAUGUUUACAAAAAAUGAUUCCCGUUCUGUGUUUGUAGAGAAGCAGAAAUUUCACAGCAAUGGAGAUCUGACCCAAAUGCAGGAAGGGCUUUUGAGCAGUCCUUUGUUGGAGAGUGUCUGUGAACGUUUUGAAGGAGAUCCAUGUGGAGAAACCCUGAACUCGAUUACAAGUCUUACUGUGCAUGAGGGGUGUCCCACUGGAGGCAAAUCCUGUGAAUGUGCUAAGUGUAGGGAAACCUUCACAGAUGGUUUUUUCCUAGGGAAUCUGCAAAGAUCUCACCCAGGACUCAAAUCUAGUCCCUGUGAGGAAUGUGGGCCGGCCUGUAGCUCCGUCUCAAGCCUCAGCACUCAGGUGGGUGCAGACCUUGUAGAGAAAUCCUAUGAAGGUCAGGACACCGGGAGAGCAUCUGACGCCUACGCGAAGAGUCUGAGUAGUAAAAAAUCUCUAGAGUGCAAGAAAUGUGGAAAAGCUUUCACUUGCACGUCUUCCUUUCAGGGUCAUGUGCAAAAUGACCGUGUACAGAGGGUCCAUGCAUGUGACAUGUGUGGGAAAACCUUCUUAUAUCACUCCUUCCUUACACGUCAUAUGAGGACUCACACUGGGGCUAGAACCUCUCAAUGUCAGGAGUGUGGGAGAGCCUUCGGGUAUAAGUCAAGCCUGCAAAAACAUGUGCGGACCCAUGCUCGGGAGAAACCCUAUAAAUAUCAGCCGUGUGGGAAAGCCUUCCCUGGUCAGCACACCUUUCUUGUACCUGGGAGAACACCUACAGGGGAUGGAUCCUGGGAAUGUAAAGAAUGUGGGACAACUUUCAAGAUACGUCUACAUUUUGAAUGUCACAUGACCACACACAAUGUAGUGAAACCCUAUGAAUGUGGGGAGUGUGGCAAAGCUUUCAGGCAUCACCCAAACCUGCGAGUACAUAUGAGGACACACACUGGGGAAAGACCCUAUGAAUGUAAGGAAUGUGGGAAAUCUUUCCAGAGGUAUGGUCAUAUUAAACGUCACAUGACCACUCACAGUACGUUGAAAACCUAUGAAUGUAAGGAGUGUCGCAGAUCCUUUCGGGAUCAAUCAUACCUGCAAGUACAUAUGAGGACGCACACUGGGGAAAGGCCCUUUGAAUGUCAGCAGUGUGGAAGAGCCUUCCGGAAUCACACAGACCUGCGAGUGCAUAUGAGGAGACACACUGGAGAAAGACCGUAUGGAUGUCAGCAAUGUGGGAAAACCUUCAGAUAUCAUUGGAAUCUGCGAAAUCAUGUGAAGAUACACACAGAGGAGAGACCCUAUGAAUGUCAGGAGUGUGGGAAAACGUUCAGGUAUAAGUCAUGCCUGCGAGAACAUAUGAGGACGCACACUGGGGAAAGACCGUAUGAAUGUCAGGUGUGUAGGAAAACCUUCAGAUAUCAUUGGAAUCUGCGAGAACAUGUGACAAUACACACAGGGGAGAGACCCUAUGAAUGUCAGGUGUGUGGGAAAACCUUCAGGUAUAACUCAUGCCUACGAGACCAUGUGAGGACACACACUGGCGAGCAACGCUAUAAAUGUGUGCAUUGUGGAAAAGCCUUCAGUCGUAAGUGCACCCUUGUACUACAUACUGUGAGAAAUCACGCAGGGGUGGAAACUUGGAAUGUAAGGAGUGAGGGGAAGCUUUCAGGAAACAUCGACCUCUGAACAUUACAGGACCACACACAAGGUAGUGAAACCCUAUUAAUGUCAGGAAUGUAUCAGAGCCUUCAUGUGUCACACUGAUCUAUGGAUACAUACGCAGACACACACUGGGGAAAAACCCUGUAAAUGUCAACACUGUGGGAAAGCCUUCACAUCUCCUUGAAACUUGGGAGCACAUAUGAGGACACAUGCUUGGGAGAGAUCCUAUGAGUGUUAGCAGUGUGGGAAUACCUUCAGGUGCCCAUCACUGUGGAAGUACACAUACGGACACAUGUUGGGGAGAGACCUUUUGAGUAUAUAGAGUGUGGGAAAGUUGUCAGUUAGCUGCAAAAUGUUCAAGGUCAUUUGAAAACACACAGCACAACUAAACCCUAUGAAUGCAAGAGGUGUGGGAAGGCAUACAAGUUCUUCUCAUCUCCUCAAGUGCGUAUGAAGAAACACCCUGGGGAGAGAUCUUGACAAAUCACCGAUCCCUUCAAGAACACACCAGGCUGCACAGUGGACAGUAAGCCUUUGUAUGUAAGGACUCUGGUAAGACCUUCGAGUGUCUCAGAGACCUGCAUGUACAUGUGAUGACCCUCAGUGGACAGAACCUUACGAAUGACUGCUCUGUGGGAAAGCCUUCAGUUGUCCCUCUUCCCUUCAAGGACACACAUAAACUUAAGCACCAUGGAAAAGCCUUCAGGUAUCCCAGGAAUCUGUGAGCAUAGACACACUGUGGCAUAGCAUUUAUCCUCCUUUAAAUUCUUAUUGAAAAUGUGAGCCAGUACAAUGGAGAUGAUCCUGAAUGGACACAAUUUUGGGAAAACUUCAGGUAUAGAACUUCAUGUAUUUUGUUCAUGAAAAUUCAGGCGGGAGAGAAAUAUUUUCAUUGUUGUGAUUAUGGUUUUGAGUUUCCAGGUGCCUCUUCCUUGAUUGGGACCCUAAGUGUAUGAAUUCCUAGUUCGUGUCACUGAUAUGAACACUGAUGGUUUUAGGUGGCCUUCUUUGUCCUCUACAUCUGUGUGACCUAGAUGUUGUUACCUCAGACUUGAAGUAAUCACACGGUUAUGUACCAUAUGUCUCUUUCCCAUUACAAUGUCUUUUGGACUGGAUGUGAUAAAAAGGUGUCUGUUGUUGGUGUGUACAUACAACUUUAUAUACUUCUACAAAAAAAUGUCUUGAAUUAUACAUUCCAAAAAGUUCCUGUUAAAUUAUCAUGACAUGAGACCCCUCAUUGUUGAAAGUUAUUUUCUGUCCUCUGUUGUGAUACCAGAAUAAUCUGGUUUUGUGUCUGCUCUUCUUUUCAGUCUUUAUUAAUGAAAGAUACAUUUUCACAUCA